AUGUCACCGGCAGCAGGCGACACGGAGCGCUCUGCGGCCACCAGCCCACGCAGCGAGGGCGGCCGGGGCAGGCUGCAGGAGAAGGCCCAAAGGCUGGCGGCGGAGCUGGACUUGAAGCUGCUCAGCGUGUCCAAGCGGACGGCCGGGCUCCAGGGGGAGCGAGCGCUGUCGCUGCGGCAGGCGUCUCCGUUUCUUGCUGGGGUGGAGCGCCGCGAUGCCUCGCCAGCUCGCAUCUUGCAGGUAACUCCAAACUCGCCCGGGCUUGCCCGGUCAGAUGCAUCGCCGGUGCGCAUCGUCCAGGCUUCUCCAACCUCUGGACGUGGCCGGCAAGAUGCAUCGCCACGCAUUGCACAGGCGUCCAGGACGGCCGGUCAGCGGGAAGCCCUGCCACCAGCGCGCAUCUUGCAGGAGUCAUCUCCGCGGCGGGUGCGGAUUGCGCAGGAGCCUGCAAAGACUGUUGGAUCAGGCAAUUUGGCGUCCCUCAGGAGUGAGAACCAGGCCGGGCUGGAAGAAAAGCUGGAGGCGCUGCGCGGAGAGCUGGUGGAGGAGCGGCGGAGCCGCCAGGCGGCAGAGGCCGCUCUGGCGGAAAAGUUGCACGAGAAGCUCGCCCAGCUUGAUGGCCUUGGGCAAGCCGUGAGGCAGCUGGAGGCUCUUGUUCCACAGGGAACCCAUGUGGAGUCAAGUCUGGCAAAGGACUUGACGCAGGUGGGAGGCGAAACCUCGGCCCUGAGAGCUGCGGUGGAAGUGCUGCAGACCAAGCUGGCGGCGGCGGAGGAAGGAACUGCAGAGAUGCAAGCCGCCCUCAGUGACCUCCGCCUGCGGCUGUUGGGGUGCGAGGCGGCAAGCUCGGCGCUGAAGGUGAACCUGGGAGAUCUUCAGGCGGCAGCUCCGGCUGGCCAAGAGAGGCUCGACGUUGAUCGGUCCGAUCUUUGGCGCGUGGCUCAGGAGGCGCAGGCCGGGCAAGAGCGACUUCGUCAGGAGUGUGCUGCGCUGGAGACACGCCUGGGGCAGGCGAUCAGCCAACAGGCGGAGCGGAGCUGGGAGAACCUGGAGGCCGCAGAGGGCUCGGCUCCGCUUUUGCUGCAAAAACCGCCACCUGCCCGCGAGCGAUCCGCUCUUCCGGUGCUCCGAGGUCAGACGAGAGAUGGAGAGUGGCCGCCAGGCUAG